AUGGCCAGGAGAGCAGACAACUGCAGCCUGAUGGGUGCUGAGAUCCCACUUUCAUCACAGUUCUUUAAAGUGAUUAAAAAUGAGCUGUGGUUGUACCUUGUCCCGGCCGCAUUGGCUGUCCUGCUACUGGCUCUCUUCCUGGAGGAAGUUGGUUUCUUCCUCCGCCAUGUGCCUUCAUCCCGACGCAGGUGCCUCAGCCUGUGGAUCCUGGGCAUGUAUCCGGUCUUUGGAAUGACCUCCAUCACUGCACUAUAUGUACCUCGGUCCUCUUCGUUGUGCAAUUUUAUAGCUUCUUUAUAUCACUCCAUUACUCUGUUAAAGUUCAUGGGUCUUAUUGAAAACUUCUUUGGAGGGAAGGCUCGAAUGGUUGCGGUGCUGGCAGGGGAACAGGUUUCUCCUGACCCUUUUCCCUGCUGUUGCUGCUGCUGUUUGCCCCUCAUCAAUAUCAACAGGACAAGUCUGGGAUGGAUGAUGGCUGCAGUCCUCCAACUCUCUGUGGUCAGAACUCUUGUGUUCUUCAUCACUCUCAUCCUCUGGACAGAUGAACAGUAUGACUAUGGGGAUGUUGAUUCAGUUGAUCCCAACAUUUAUGUAAAUGCAAUCACUUGCAUGUCCACCUUCAUUUCCUACUAUGGCUACUUGCUGUUUUACAAGGCAACCAGGAGAGCGCUGCACGGCUAUGGGCUUCGAGCCAAAUUUGUUUGCAUCAUUGUUGUGUUAGUACUGUGUGGACUUCAGCAUGGAAUUUUGGAAACUAUGGGGGCACUAAAAGUUGUGCCUUGUGCACGUCCCUUCUCUGCUCUGUUUCGCUCACAGUUAAUCUACCACUAUUCAGUAAUUGUGGAGAUGUUCUGCAUCAGUCUGUUUGCUCGCAACAUAUUUCGUAAAGUGGAGCCCGGUCCAGAGGAUGCUUAUUGUCUUGAAGAAGCAAUCAUCAGUCAUAAGGCAAUUCAAACAGAAGCUCAGUUGCCUCUUGCAGUUCAGCUCAGCUCUCAGGUAGAGGAGCCAUGGCGCUCUAACCCCAUUUACAGCAGCGAUAGUGAGGACAGCCUGUGCAGAAUCGAACAUGCUCCGUUGGACCACUUUCCUUUCCCCUUACAGUCCAAGCCUCUGGAUUUGUCAGAGAGAGACAGCAAUAAGCUACCUGAGGAGUGUAAGAGCACAGAACCAGAACCCUCAACCAUAACUGACAGUGCUGAGAUUAACUAUGUGGUAAAUAGUGAUGUCACUGUUGUAUAG